AUGUCCGAGUCGCACCUAGAGCGGCCGCACCUGCGGGCCACACCCUCUCACUUCCGGCCACGCCCACUUCCGCCCACCCCGCACCACAGAGACGCGGACAGAGCGGCCACGCCCGCUGGCCACGCCCCCUGUCGGACCCGCCCCUGUGGGAACAGCACUGAGUCCUCCAAGGCCAUAGAGUCGCGUCCAGAGCGGCGCCGCUCGCUCCUUGCCCGCCGCCCUCACGGCGCCGCCGGCUUCCCCCCCGGAGCCCUUCCGCGGGCUCAAACCGGCGCCGUGCCCCGACGGCACCUUCUUCGGCAGCGGCGCCGGUACCGGCAGCUUCUUCUACCCCGGUCCCGGCGAGCGCGACGCUUUCACCGGCAGCUUCGCCCAAGCGCUGACGAGCUGCACCAACCGGGGCCGCCCAACGUGGCGCUCCCGGAGCCACCGGCGCUGAGCACGACGGCGGCGGGGAUGGGGGGACCCUUCCCGGGGGUCCCCGGAGCGGAGGCGGAGGCGGCGGAAGCGGGCGCGGAUUCCCCGGAGCUGCUGCAGGCGGAGCGGCGGAGGCUGCGGAACCGGCUGGCGGCGAGCCGGUGCCGGCGGCGGAAGCUGGAGCGGAUCGCCCGUUUGGAGCAGCGCGUCCGGGGGCUCCGGGCACAGAACGCGGCGCUGGCGGCCACGGCGGCGGGGCUGCGAGCCCAGGUGCGGCGGCUCCGGGGCUCCGUGCGGGACCACGCGGGUUCGGGAUGCCCGCUGCCCCCGGGAGCCGCGCUCGGCUUCUAGAAACGCCUGAUGGACCCGGCCAGGGGGGCUCCGGUUCCUUUGUGGGGGACCCCCAUGGACACCCCCGGGGGGGAUCCUCCCCCCCCUCCCCGUACCUGGCUGGGCACGGAGGGGCGGGGACCCCUCCCCAUCCUCACCGGAGCCCGGUGAGGAGCCCGGUGUUACCGGGAUGCUGCGCGGGACCGCGCUGGAUGAGGCUGGAGGCUUCGGGGGGCCCCCCAUGGACCCCCUGGAGACCCCUAAAAGGACGCAGGAGGAUGGGGGACCCCUGGACUGGGCCACCCCGAAACGGAGCAGCCUGAAGGGACCGGCAGGACCAGACCCCUCCCCUCCUUUGCCAGGACCCCCCAGGACCUGCGGGAACGGGGCCUGUGGGAUGGACGGGGACCCCCAAAGCGGGCCUGGAGCCCCCCCCCAGCUGGGCCUGGGGACCCCCCUCGGUUCUGAGAGGGGGGGUCGGACCCCCCCAAAUUGAGGAUUCCGCCGGGAGGGGCUGAGCGCGCGCCCCAAAUAGAAAUUUUGAGGGGGGGGGAUCCCCCUCGUGACGUUUACAAGACCCCCCCAGGUGGGGAGCAGCCCCCGGGGACCCCCAAAAUCCCGAAACGGCGGUGGGGGGCGGGGGGGGGAAG